AUGACAACAUCUCAAUUCCUCCGUACGUUGAAUUCUACCGAAUUAGACAGACCAUUUGGCCAACUCCCUACAUGCGUUAGCCUGAAAUCGCAGUCAUGCAAAAUCGAUAUUUCAUCGGCAGAAAUCACGGAACUCCGUAGUCUCGCCCAGAGAGCCAGACUUGGUCCUGCGACAUUUGAGAAUACACGAGCACAACCCAAUAAAGAGUUUGGACUUACGCGCUCAUGGAUGGACGAGGCCGUUAAGACGUGGACAUCGGAGUCUGCUUUCAACUGGGGGAAAAUACAAGACAAUAUCAACAGCAUUCCCCAUUUCACCGGCCAAGUAGAUCACAAUGGCCAUUCAUACUCCAUCCACUACAUGACCCUCUGGUCCCAACGUUCCGAUGCAAUACCCUUAGUAUGCAUCCACGGCUGGCCCGGCUGUUUUCUUGAGUAUCUCUCAAUUGCAAAACUGCUACAAUCAAAGUAUACGCCAGAGACACUGCCGUAUCACUUCAUUGUGCCGUCUUUACCAGGCUACACGUUCUCGUCUGGGCCGCCUAUAGACGGAGUCGACUUUUCCACCUAUGAUGUCAGCUGCAUAUUCCGCAAACUUUUCAAUGACCAUCUAGGAUUCAAAAGCUACAUAGUUGCCGGCGGCGAUAUAGGAAGUCGCGUCUGUCGAGCCCUAGCAGCAGAUGAUGCGAACUGUAUCGGGAUUCAUCUAACAUUCUGCUUCGACUUCGACAUGUGCAAUUUCCCGCGCCAGGGUCUCGAGGACAGUGAACUUCGCGACCUAGCCACAAUCGACGAGUUUAUCAGAACCGGCGCUGGUUACGCACAAAUGCACGCCACGAGAUCAUCCACCAUAGGCUUUGUACUCAGCUCCAGCCCCGUAGCCUUCCUGGCGUGGAUAGCCGAAAAGUUCCUAGAAUGGACGGAUAUCACUCCCGACAUUGAAACGAUCUUGACAUUUGUGACACUGUACUGGGUGACAGAUACAUUCCCACGAAGCAUAUAUCCAUACAGACAUGAUUUUGCGCCGAAUGAAAAUGUGUCUUGUCAUGGAGAUGCGGCUCGUUGGCUUGUUCCACACAACAAAGUGUUUGGCUACAGUCAUUUCCCGAAGGAGAUUUUGCCUGUUCCUAGGGCUUGGGUAGAAAGAACGGGGGCUGCUAGGGAGGUCACGUUCUGGAGGACACAUGGUCAGGGAGGACAUUUUGCGGGAGUGGAGGUUCCGGGAGUUUUGUUGGAGGAUCUGGAGGAUUUUGCGACACAUGCUAAGCAGUCGUAA